CUAUCAAGGGCAAGCGACUUGGAUUGCCAACAUGUUGUUUCCGUGCCACGGCAUUCAUUUAUUCUAACAAAGAGUUUCACGAGGGUUUAUUUUUGUUUGCUUUAAGAGAUACUUGCUGUAUUGCUUCUCGUUUACAUAUAGAUACCAUCCCUUCAAAGUUCGACGAGCAAGAAGCUCACCACCGCCACCAUGUCGCGCCAUAAGAUAGUCAAGAACAUGGACCUCGACGACGAGAUGGACGACUACGACGGCGGAGAAGACUACGCCGACGACGGAGCUGAAGAGCUCAGCGAAGAAGACAAAGAGUCUAUGAGAGUAGGCACGAUAUCGGUACGCGAAGCUCUCGGUGACGACGUACCGGGGAUUACAGAUAAGGAUAUACAAGAGGCGCUGUGGCAUUACUUUUACGACGUUGAGAAGAGCGUGAAUUACCUCCUGCAGUCGAGAACGGCGAAGAAGGAGACGGGAAAGAAGAAGGCGAAAGGGCCCAGCCCCGAUGACCAGGUGCUAGCGGCACAGUCGAAAGCUGCGAAGAAGGAUAAGCCGCCUGCUAAGACGAGCAAUGAGAAGAAGGCGGAUCAGAUUGCGAGUGGGGUGGAGGCGAUGAGGAUGGAUGAUACGCCGAGGGCGACGAGUAAGAAUCUGGAUGUGUUGGCGGAGUUUGAGAAGAAGAAGGCGAAGAAUGCGGCGAAUUUUGUGGUUAUUGGUCAUGUUGAUGCUGGUAAGAGCACGUUGAUGGGACGUCUAUUGUUAGAUUUGAAUGUCAUCGACCAGCGGACUAUUGACAAGUAUCGCAAGGAAGCGGAGAAACUUGGAAAGUCUUCGUUUGCUUUGGCUUGGGUGUUGGAUCAAGGAACGGAGGAGCGAAAUAGGGGUGUGACAAUCGACAUUGCAACGAAUAAGUUCGAGACUGAGAAAACCGCCUUUACCAUUCUCGAUGCGCCUGGCCAUAGGGAUUUCAUCCCUAAUAUGAUCGCGGGGGCUAGUCAGGCAGAUUUCGCCGUCUUGGUUAUCGAUGCUAGCACGGGUUCGUUUGAGUCGGGCUUAAAGGGCCAGACAAAGGAGCAUGCACUACUAGCUCGCAGCAUGGGUGUUCAAAGACUCAUCAUUGCAAUCAACAAGCUCGACACCGUCAACUGGUCCCAAGACCGCUUCGAUGAGAUCUCACAGCAGGUGUCAGCAUUCUUGACCGCCGCAGGCUUCCAGGCCAAGAACGUCACUUUCAUCCCGGUCUCGGGUCUACAUGGGGACAACAUCGCACGAAGGUGUACAGAGGAAGCGGCAUCUUGGUACACAGGGUCAACUCUGGUGGAAGAACUGGACAACUCCGAGCCGGCGACACGCGCGCUGGAUAAGCCGCUACGAUUCACGAUCGGUGACAUCUUCCGCGGCGGCGUUCAGAACCCCCUCAGCGUCUCCGGACGCAUCGAAGCCGGAUCGCUCCAAACCUGCGACGCUCUGCUCGCCCAACCCAGCGGCGAAAAAUGCUACGUCAAGGGCCUCGAAGUUGACAACGAGACCGCGGACUGGUCCGUGGCGGGGCAAAACGCCACUAUCCACUUGACAGGCAUCGACCCCAUCCACCUCAAGGUCGGGGACGUGCUAUGCAGCCCCUCCAGUCCAAUACAAUGCAUCAAGACCUUUGUAGUCAAAGUCCUCGCCUUCGAAUUCCUAAUGCCCUCAGGCAUCGAUGUUCACCGCGGCCGCCUGCACGCCGCGGGGCGCGUGACAGAGCUACUAGCUACGCUGGAUAAGAGUAGUGGGAAGGUGACGAAGAAGAAGCCGCGGAUUGUGAGGCCGGCGAAUAUUGCGAGGGUGAGCGUGGAGCUCGAGAUGGCGGUGCCGCUGGAGAAGGGACAGAGGGUUGUGUUGAGGAGUGGGGGGGAGACGAUUGCGGCGGGGUUGAUAGAAUGAACAGCGUGUUCUGCACUUUGUGUUACUUGUUGGGACCCAUGCUUGGUGUGUGUGUGAGUGAUUAGUGAUGUUGGUGCCAAGACGAAGUGCUACGGUGUAUGAUCUGGUCUGUCUGGCAUUGAUGACUGAUGACUGAUGACUGAUGGGUUGUGGAGCUAUUUUAUUUUGGUAACUGUGGCCUUCUUCCUUCCUUCGUUCGUUCCUGCCUGCCACCCUUCCUUCCGCUGUGGCUUGAACCCCUUGAUUCCUGGAGGAUUGUGCUAUUUAAUGACCUUGCUGUAUUUACUCUAGAGGCGAGGCUGAAGAUGGAUGGCGGGAUCCCUAGCCUCGUUGAGCUACUGCUGCAUGUCUCACACCCUGCCUCCUUUUGUUUGAGACGAAAGCAGCUGAUUCAGUUGCGCGUGGAGUAGAGGAACUGGAGUUCUAUGAAGUAAACAACGCAACGAAGUAAACAAAUAUACAAUUUGCCACUUUGAAGCCGUUUAGAUAUGGACAGAGUAUGAAAUAUAGAG